AUGACUGGCAGGUUGUCGUCGCACGUGGGCAUGCUACCGCCGCUGGCCUGCCAGCCCGGCUUGUCAGCAGCAGCUCCACCGGGCCACCAUCAUCCGGAGCAGCAUCCGCAGUUGGGUCACGUGGCCGCCGCCGCCGCCGCCGCCGCCGCUGCCGCCGCCUCGAUGGGCAUGGAGUCCUCGGAACUGAUGGCGGUGGCUCAUUACCAGGCGCAACAGCUGCAACGGCAGUUGUUGGCCGAGCAGUCAGCUCCGGGCACCACGAUGCUGCCGCCUACGUCUGCUCAGCCUACUGGUGGAGGCUUGAUGCAGUCGCAGGGCCUCCAAGGGCAGCAGCAGGGCCAACUCCAGCCGGGUCAAGACCCGCUACAGAGCUUGGUGCAGCAACUGCUCUGUCUACAGCAGAUAGAGUACUUCCUCGCGCAGCGCGGUCACAAAUGA